UCGUGAUUGUAGUUGAACAAUGCAAUGUUUUUUGCCACAUUUUAGCUAAAAAGAAAAUGUUUGAACAUUCUGUAAAAGUGCCGAGACAUUACAAGGUUGCUGCUAAUAUUUUUAAGAAAGUUUCCACUGAAGGCGGUAGCGUCAAAACAUUGUUGUACGACGACAAACUUCGUCACUUUAGAAUUAAUGUGCUGUAUGCACUGAUAACAGAAACAAUCAAACAUGCUGCUGAUAUUGACAAAAUGUUUGAAAGUAGUGGCCUUAUCACAAAUGAGCCUCGCCUAGACCCCUGGCUAGCGAAAGUGUUAACGACUGAAUUGUUGUUUGGCAAAAAGGCUCUCCCAGGGAAAAGCAAACCUGAACAAACAAUACGAUCAUACAAAGAGAAAUUCGAAAAAUACACUGCUGAUCAUCCUGAAGAUUCAAAAACAGAAGCUGUCCGCAGACCACGCUAUGUUCGCAUCAACACCAACCUCCUAACCACGUCCGAUGCCAUAAGAGCCUUCCAAGAUGAGGAGUACCGCUUCGUGAGGUGCACAUCGGGGUCCUACAAUGAUUAUCUAGAACAAAUAAAGGGCCUGGGCGAGUACGACUUUACACAGGACUAUCACGUGAAGACGGUGUUUGUAUUCUCUUCGGGCACCAAACUGCAUGAACAUGAGUUGUAUACGGAAAACAAGAUUAUAUUGCAAGAUAAGGCUACAACCCUUGCAGUUCAUUUGCUGGCCCCUCCCCCCGGCAGCAUAGCCUUGGACAUGUGCGCGGCGCCCGGCAUGAAGACCACGCAGCUCGCGGCCUAUAUGAGGAACGAAGGUAAAAUCUAUGCAGUAGAACGCAACGAAGACAGAUACAAGACCUUAUGCGACUUCGUGGAGAAGACUGGGUCCAAAUGCGUGGAGACGAUACACAAAGACGCCCUCGAGAUCAGGAGGGGGGACUACGAUGACGUCGAGUACAUCCUGCUGGACCCUAGCUGUUCGGGAUCUGGCAUGGAGCUUUGCGUACACAACUACAUCGAACCAGCCCGCCUAGCCAAACUGACGUCUCUACAAGAGAAGUUCCUCAAGCACGCCAUGAACGCCUUCCCCAACGCCAAGAGAAUCGUCUAUAGCACUUGCUCCCUCUUCCCCGAAGAGAAUGAAAGAGUCGUCACUAAUGUCGUGAAAACUUGUAGGACUAAGUGGAGGGUACAAGAUGUAAAGGAACUAUUAAAAGGGCAAUGGAAUAACUUUGGCUCUGGCAUGUAUGGAAGCAUGGGUAAUAGGUGUCUGUACGCUAAGCCAGAUACUGAUAAUACUACUGGGUUUUUUUUAGCAGUGAUAGAUAGAGAUCAGAAGGAUUUUGAGAGGAAAGCUAAUAAAGAAAAGGAUGCCAGUAAAGUAAAUAAUGAAGAUGAUAGUGUUUCACUAUUUGAAGAAGAAGUAAAUAAAAAGAAAGACAAGAAUAUUAAGAAAAAAGAUGAGACAAAUGAAGAUAAUGACGAAAUUACUUCAAACAAAGUAAAAAAGAAAAAUAAGAAGACACAUGAGAGUCAUGAAAACGAUGAGCAAAACAAUGAUAAUAAUGAAUCCCAAAUAACAACAACAGAAAAUGAAGAUGUAACGAAGAACAAGAAAAAGCGGAAACAUGAGAGGAUAGAAAAUGAUGAACAGAACAAUGAUAAUGUUGUCAAUGAAUCUGAAAUAACGGUAAAUGCAGAAGGUAAUGAAGGUGUACCGAAGAAAAAGAAGAAACGGAAAUCUGAGAGUGAUAAAAACCAGGAGCAAAACAAUGAUACUGUUAUUAAUGAUUCCGAAAUAACGAUAAAUACAGAUGGUAAUGAGGAUGUAUUAAAGAAAAAGAAGAAAAAACAUAAAAAUCAAGAUGUGGGGGAAUCUGUAAUUAUAAUGAUUACAGAUAGUGAUGACGAGGUUCCUAAGAAAAAAGAAAAACAUAAACAUACAGAUGAAAUGAAUGAAGAGUCUUUAGAAAAUGGCGACAUCGGAGAGAAAGUUAAGGAAAAGAAAAAAAGGAAAAAACGUGAUAAAGAACUAGAACUUUUGAUUUAA